UCAGUAAUGAAGGUAAUCAAAACGAAAGAGAGUUUGGAGCUUGCGGUAGAGGUAAUCUCAAAUGGCAUUGUUAGGGCCUUUGAAGAUAACUGUGCUCCCAAGUUCAAAUCAACCAAACGUCAUGUCCCUUGGUGGAAUUCCAAGCUGAAGAAACUCAGGGGCAAGACGCGGAAGUUAUUCAAUAGGGCUAAAAGAACGAACGACUGGGAGACUUAUAGGAAAGCCCUAAAUGAAUACAGCAAAGAGAUUAGGAAAGCCAAGAGAGCAUCAUGGAGGAGGUUCUGUGAGGAAAUUGAAAAUACACCUCAGGGAGCGAGACUUCAUAGGCUACUCUCGAAGGCUAGGACUAGUCAGGUUGGCCUACUGAAAAGGCAGGAUGGCUCCUACACUACAAAUGAAUUGGAGACGUUGGAGCUUUUAGUCGAAACUCACUUCCCAGGGGCAGCCUUGUCAAACAGUUCAAGGGUUAGCGAGAGCCUGCAUAGGCCUCGUCCUGAAGACUGGAGGCAGGCUGCCACUGUUAUAAGGCCGGGGAUAGUGAGGUGGGCUAUAAACUCUUUCAAAACAUUCAAAACGAGCGGUCUGGACGGAGUAAGCCCUUUAUUAUUACAACGUGGUGCUGAAGUCUUGAUUCCGCAUCUGGUAAGAAUCUUCAGAGUGAGCUACGCCUGGGGGUACCUACUUACCGGAACAGUGGAACAAGGUUAAGGUAUUAUUUAUACCAAAGGCGGGAAGGAAGGACUACGAAAUUGCCAAGUCCUUCAGACCCAUAAGCCUUUCCUCGUUCCUU